AUGGCCACAUUUCAUCACCCUGCAAAGAUUUUUCUACAUUUUGCUCGAAAACCACUAUCUAGAAAUGUUUUAUCAGAAUCUCAAAGGCGAUUGUUAUCUUUUACAUAUCCUAGGUUUAACAAUUGCCAUAUUGGUGAUAAUAAAAACAACAAAAAGCUGAAAAACGUCUUCCAAGCCAAUAGCAAUAGAACUGUUCGUAAACAAAAAACGAAAGAAGAUUUGGCAAGAGAGAGGUUUGAGGAGCAAUUAAAGUCACCUAAUAGGUUUGUGAGAUGGGGUGCUAUCGCCAGAUCCGAAAAGUUCUCCAAGGGAAUGACCAAGUACAUGAUUGGCGCAUAUGUGAUCUUUCUGAUUUAUGGUCUCUUCUUCACCAAAAAACUGUUUGCGAAAGACAAGGAAUUGGAGAGAUUGAUGAAGAAACAAGAGGAAGGAAAAGCUAAUGAAUACGAAAUGCUAAGAGUUAAAGAAUUGAGGGGCAAACUAAGAAGAAGAGAUGAAUUGAAAUUAGAAGAAUAUAAAAAAAUGAAAGAGGAAGGUAUUGAAAACUUCGAUAAUAUUCACGUACAAAACUUCGAUCAAAACAAAUUGAAUGAACAAAUAUUACCAGCAAGAGACACGACAAACUUUUAUCAAGGAAAAGCUAGCGAGUACGACAAAGCGAUCAAUAUGGAAGAAAAGGUGAUAUUGCUGGGCAAAAGAAGGAAAUGGUUGAUGAAGCAUUGCCACGGUGACGUUUUGGAAGUUUCAUGUGGGACAGGAAGAAAUAUCAAAUAUCUUGAUAUGUCACGCAUUAACUCCAUUACAUUUUUAGAUUCAUCUGAAAAUAUGAUGGAAAUUACACAUAAAAAGUUUAGGGAAAAGUUUCCAAAGUAUAAAAAGGCUGCUUUUGUUGUUGGGAAGGCGGAAAAGCUAGUAGACUUAGCAGAGAAAGGAAAACCUUCUCAAGAGAAAGAUAAGAAGAACAAUAAAAUAAAAUACGAUACCAUUGUGGAAGCUUUUGGUCUGUGCUCUCACGAAGAUCCGGUAAGAGCAUUGAAUAAUUUUGGCAAGCUAUUAAAGCCUGAUGGGAGGAUUAUUUUACUGGAACAUGGUAGAGGCCAGUACGAUUUUGUAAAUAAGAUGUUAGAUAACAGAGCUGAGAAAAGACUAAAUACAUGGGGCUGUAGAUGGAAUCUCGAUUUAGGUGAAGUAUUGGAUGAUUCUGACUUGGAAGUAGUGGAAGAAAAUCGGACACACUUGGGUACUACUUGGUGCAUCGUUGCCAAACGAAAAGGAGAUGCGAAAAAGAAGGGUGAGCUUGGGUUUGUAGAAAAAUACCUACAGUCAAGCAUUAGAAAAAGAAUGGAAUCAUUUGAAAAAAGCAACAGACCAGAAUCUGAAGAAAGUCUUGAGCCAGUAUCUCCAACGAACAAAAGUUAA